CCAUUUCGCCAUGUAAUUCAUUCCUUUUGUGAUUGUCACCCAGUCCGGAAAAACAAAACUCACAUUCAUCGAAAUGAGUCAAAUGUUUGGAGUACCGCCGACAUCAAUGUAUCCCCAGCAGCAGCAGCCAGGACCAGGCUACUACGGCCAGCAAAUGCACAGUCCGCUAGGAACAUUAGCUGCUUACAAAGGUGAUUUGAUUUACCCGGUGUUCACCAUCGGCUUCUUCUUGGUCGGAGUUGUGGUUGUCGUCAAAGUUCUCCUGUCGCUGGUCGCUUUACUGGGAGCCAAAUUGUUUCACGGCUUCAUCCCGCGCUCGAUCGACGACUUGCUCACUGGCAACCGCAAACGUCGUUCCAUCGACGAAGUGGACGACACUCCGCUCGAUCAGGCCAAGUUGGAUGGGCUCACCGCCGUCGUCAUGGCCGCUCUCGAUUCUCAACAGUGUCAACAGAGAAUGAUCUGUGAAUUGGGAUCUUUCGUGCAGAAAUACGAUUCGGUUCACCUCAUCGCCGGACUGGCUGAGCGUUUGGUACCGGAGAAUUACGUGGAACAGGUGAGAGCCUUCCAAAACACCGGCCAAUGCGACGACUACAAAUGUGGACAGUCUUCGUCAACCGUCGCCUCCACAUCACCGGAAGUGAAGCCGGAAGCUAGUUCCUCCAAAGACGUCGAGAGUCUCUGAAAAUCAAUCAUUUCGAUAUUUAAAAAUUAAUAAUUAAUAAUAAUUUAAUUGAAAUUUCAUUUCGAUGUAAUAAUCAACCCCUUUUAAAAUUAAAAGAAUGAAUAACUGAUAUUUAAAUAUUCUUGGCUGUGUUGAAUAAAAGAGUUUCUCUUGAGUA